UACGAUUGCUGUGUUUUUGAUAAUGUAAAAAUAUAUCUCAUUAUACAUUAUAUUUGCACAUAAAGAUAGUUCUCGUUUUAUAUUGUUUGAGCAUUGAACACUGCAGUGCAGUUCUGAAAUGUUCAUUAAUGAACACCAGGGGGAGGUGUAGGACCAUUUACCUUUAACGUGCGCCUGUACAAUAAAUCCCCUUUAAACGUGUAUCCUAAAAUACCUCACAAAUCAGACGAUAUCACGUAUUAAAGCUGACCAGUAAUAGACCACACUGUUGAAACCGAUGAACUCUUCACAAGUACCUACUUCGGUUUACUUUCUAUACCUGCUGCACAAUUGAACUCCGCCUGGAAUUGUGAUCCAUUAAUCGUAGCUAUUGCUCUUAAUCACCGGACGAAUCAGACGAGAGCUGCGAGUUGAGCGCAACUUUGAAUUCGGUGCUGGUCUGCGUCACUUGACGUUUCCUAAACAUAGGCUACUUUAACUGCUACCAGGCUGUGCUAAGUAAAGUUCAUACGGCUAGUUUCCGCGGAAGAGAGGAUGCUUUCAGAGACUUUUGGCAAAGGCGCACUGACGAUGAUAACCACUCCAGGACGACAGAGCAACAACUGAACGAACAAAGCCCGUUCACUCCGUAGUCUAGGCAGCAACUGGACAGAGUUUAUGUUGAUACGGUCGCCCAUUCUUCUUUAAUCUGCGUGCUUCGCGCUUUAAGCUGAUUUAUGUUCGAUCCGCUGCCCACGCGCGCAGUUCAAAGUGCGCCUUGAUGCGUAAUUGCUUUACAGAAUCGAGUAUUGAAGGUUCGGUCCAGCGCGUGGUGCCCAUCCGAACUGCCUGACAAGUUCACAUUAACAACUGGACAUCUGAACACCUUCAGUUUUCCUCUCACAACUCAAUAAAUGGAUAAUUGUUCUCUUAGGGAUUGUGCUCUCUCUUAAUCUCGUACCGCGUCACUUGCUUUGAAUUUAUUUCAUCUUUAACAAGACCGUGAUGUUUUUGAAUUUGGUUCUUCCACUGAUGUCCAUCCUUUUGAUAAGAGGUGUUCAUGGUCAAAUGGUCCAGAUGGAUAGCAGUAUUUCAGGAUUUGUGGGCUCACAGGUAGAGCUACGCUGUCAGUUUGUCAAUAGCAACCCACCUGUAAAAAUCUCCCAGGUCACCUGGCAGAAGCUGGUCAAUGGCACUAAGCAGAACGUGGCCAUUGCCAAUCCAACCCUGGGCGUGUCGGUGCUGAACCCCUUUAAAGAGCGUGUGCGCUUCAAGAAUCCCGCCAUCCGCCAGCGCACACCUUCCCUGGAGGACACCACCGUAGUCUUCAACAAACUAAAACUGUCGGAUGAAUCCACCUACAUCUGCGAGUACACAACCUUCCCAGCUGGCAACAGGGAGAACAUGGUUAAUCUCACUGUUUAUGCUCGCCCUAUGAUCCAGAUGAGUCUGUCCACACCCUCCAUAGUGGCGGGAUCCAAAGAUCUGAAGAUGACUGUUGCCACGUGCGUUUCUGCCAACGGGAAACCUCCUAGUGUGAUCACUUGGGAAACUAAUUUAGAUGGAGAAUCCAACACCCAGGAGAUACGCAACCCCGAUGGGACUGUCACAGUGCGCAGUGAUUACUUGGUGGUUCCCAGUCGAGAAAUACACCAACAGCUGCUCACCUGCAUAUCCACAUAUAAUGAUGAACAAUACACAGACAGUGUCACGCUCAACAUUCAGUAUGAACCAGAGUUGUUAAUAGACGGCUUCGAUGGAAACUGGUAUUUGAACAGAGAAAACGUUCAGCUCACCUGCUUGGCUGAUGCCAACCCACCCAUCUCUUUGUUUCAGUGGAGAUACUUGAAUGGAACUAUGCCAAGUACAGCAGAACUUCGUGACGAUGUGCUGAUCUUCAAAGGUCCUGUAACCUAUGACAUCGCAGGCACAUACAUCUGUGAUGCCACCAACAGCAUUGGGACAGGCUCCGCAUCCGUUGAGGUCAUUGUCACAGAGAAACCCCAGUCGCUGAGCGCUGCAGAGAGGGUGAUGGGUGUCCUUGGAUGGGUGAUUGCACUGGGCAUCAUCCUCAGUAUAGCUGGCACAAUAUAUUUGGUCAAAAAACAGCAGCGGCACAAACACGCAGGAUCAGACAAUGAUUCGAACAGUUCUUCCCCUGCCCACAAAAAGCCUUCUUCGUCUAAAAAGAAGACAGCUGAUGACUUCCAGAGCCCCGGGAGGUUCUACGAUGAGCUCCCAAACACGGCCGACUACGUGAGUUACCGUUUGGCGUGUAACAAAGAGGAUUAUCUGGAGCAGCACUCUCCUCCCAUUCAACCUCCUCUGACCUUCCUGCCCCAUAACCCCUACACUCAGCACAGCAACCAGACCGCCAUAUUCACUUACCCCACACCCUCUGGCCCCAUAUCCUCAUACACCUUCCCGAAAGAGCAAUACGUAUGAAUACAUUUGCGACCUCUCUCUCUCUUUCUGUCUUUAUUCAGCUGCACUGGUUAUUGUGUACUUUUUUGUAUUGUGUUCUUUCUGGAAUAUUAAAAAAAAAAAAAAAAAAAAUUAUUCUCUAAGCACAAUUGGAUUUGCAUGUGUAUUUUCAAUUUUUAAUAUAUUGCUUAGAUUAAAUCGGAAAAUAAUUAGAUUAAAGCAUCAGAAGAGAUUCUGAUUCUGUGUACAGAAUAAAUUAUCUCAAAGUAUGUCGGUGGUCCGUAUACCCCAUGUACAACAGGCCCAUAUUGUCUAUUGUAUUCUGUACAGUUAUGCAUCACUCCAUUGUUUUAUGUCAUUUGGGAUUUUCUCACUGUAUCUGUUUAAUUUCUGAACAGGUUUACCUAGUUUUAUCUAGCUAAAUUUAAUGUUGUAAAAUAAACAUAUUUAUUAUUUUGAAUACUAUCUACUAUUUUUACUUAUUUUAUAUUAAAAUGGGUCUUUCGUAAUAGUGAAACAUGCGACAAUCACAUGAUCUAUGACCAAUACUUCACAUAAUAAUCAUUAUUCAUAUUUCUUUGCAUCUUUAAAUUGUAUGUGCUGUAUAUAUAUAUAUGUGAGAUUUUUUUUAAUGCACCAGCAUAUUCCAGGAUGCAUUUAUGUAGAACUGUGAAUCUCUUUGGUUAUUUGUCCUUUAUUAUUGUUUACAUUAUGCUUUGUGACAUUCAUGCACAAAGGUACAAAGUUCUUUCAUCCACUGCAAUAUUAAUAACUGCAUAAAGAGUAUUUACAUAGUGUAUAGGUAUGAGACAGUGUGCAGAAAUGUGAUGCAUUACAUUAUAUGUAUUUGUGUGUUGUUACAGUGACCAUCUGGUAUUGAAUAAGCUGUUAAUGAUGUAAAUUAAUGUUUUAACCACUUGUGAUUUUUUUUCUCUUUUCUACUAAUAAAUAAACA